UCCCCUGUAGCGCGAGUAGCAAAACCCUUGGUCAUGUCUUCUCCUUUCGUUAAAUCCAAACUCAAGGCAGCCAGGGAUGCCCUUGGGAAGAAGCAAUACGAGGCUGCGCGAGACGCGGCGUCCCAGGUUCUCGAUCACGAACCAGACAACUACAACGCCCAUGUCUUUUUGGGGCUUGCAUAUCUGGAAUUAGGUCGCCAUGACAAGAGCGAACAACUCUAUCGUAGGGCAACUGAAUUGAAACCUGAUCAGUUUCUCGCCUGGCAGGGAAUCUCCAGAUUGUACGAGAAAAAGGAACAAUGGGAUUCUUUCGCUGGUGCUCUGGAGGAGGUACUGCGCAUAUUUUCUGCCAGCAACGAUGCGACGAGGGCGGCAGAGACCUUGCAAAAACUCAUCGAAACAAGUCGGCAGCAUGGAUCACGGAAGCAGAUUAUCACAGCACUUUCCUAUCUUCUUCCGGAUUCCCCGUAUUAUGACACUCUGUCAACGUUGCCGCCGCCGGAUCAUACAAAUCCCGAUUCUACGACGACAUUUGUUACGCAAGAAGCGAUUCAUGAUUCACUCCCUGUGAUAGAGGAGAUCAUGACCCUAACCGAGCAAGAAGAAGAGACAUUCAUGAAGGUCGAGUUCGACAAGAGACGCACACGCCUCGGAACUUCCCCACCACAUAUAUUACGGAAAGAAAUUGGGUUAGAAGUGUGGAGGACAUCGAAGCUUCCACUUCUAUACCAAGAAGUAUUGAACCACCCUAAAACAUCUGAUGAACUACGUCGCUCUGUAGAAGCUAAGAUGAUACGCUACAAACAGCAAACAUUUCAUGCAUUACCUUCGUCAGAUCCGGAGAAAAACCGUAUUGGGAUCGAGCUUUCCGAGCUAGUUAAUGGCAUUGUGGCCAUUGGGAUACGCAAUCAAUUAGCAUGGUCGAUCUCUUUAGAAGGAAUGGACAAAGAGACAGUCUGUGAAUAUGGUCUGGACCUUCUCAGGCGAUAUAUGCAGGUCUUCCCCGAAACUGAUCUGGCCCAACUACUAAGGGGCUACUUCCUGUACAUGGGCAUACCAAUUGAUGAGGACAUCGACAGCGAAGCAAACGAGCCACCGAACGUCGUGUCGAAGCUGGCGAGCGAUGAUGGCGAGCUGCUCAAUGCCACCUUGAAUGCAUUUGGCUCACUGCAAGAUUCACUCUUGGCUACUCGAGUGGUUGUCGACGUUUACUUACAAGAGCGGGACUAUCUGAGUGUGAUUCACGUGGCUGAAAGCGGCCUUGAACUGGUUAAGAAAUACGAGGAGAACACAGGUCGUAAGCUUGGAAAUGUGCGCAAGGCGCUCAAUGUCGCCCUGGCAACCGCUCUAGUUCACUUGUACCCUCCAAAGCACCAUCAACGUGCCCGCCGACUGCUGGAUGAUGUAUUAAAACAGGAUCCAGAACACGUCGAUGCACUACUCGCCUGCGGUUACAUACUCCAGCGAGCUGACAGAUGGGAGGAAGCCGAGAGAGUUUUCUCCAAAGCCAUAGCACGGCUCCCCGCGGACGCGCCGAAACGUCUGCGUGCCAGGGAAGAGUGUGCAUGGUGCCUCUGUAGAAUUAGGAUCGCAGAAGGCGUGCAAGCACUAAGGGAGGUGUUGAGGGAUUUAGAGGGUGAAAAGUUCAAAUUUGACAGGGCAAGGUGUCUGUGGCGCAUUGGUAGGGCCUGUUGGGAUCUGGGUGGUAGCUCCCGCGAAGAAGCUUACGCAAAUUUCAUUCAGUCACUGAGGUGUGAUCCAGAGUAUGCCCCCUCAUACACCUCUCUUGGCGUUUAUUAUUCCGACUUUGCUGUGCCACCCGAUCCCACGCGAGCAUCGAAAUGCUUCCAGAAAGCUUUUGAACUGGAUCCUACAGAAGUAGAAGCUGCAAGGAGACUAGCCGAGGGCUUUGCGGAUGAGCGAGAAUGGGAUCUUGUGGAGGUCGUCGCCCGCAGGACAAUGGAAGGUGAGGGUGAGCUAGAUCCCGGCGCUGAGGAGGAAGGUGGCGUAGUUGUCGGGAGGUAUCUUCCAACGAACACUUGGGCCUGGAAAGCAAUCGGUGUCGUAGAACUGUCGCGUCGAAAUUAUGCGGAGUCCAUUGAGGCGUUGCAAAUAGCCUUGAGAGAAGAGGAAGAGGACGGAGUCUGCUGGCUGCGCCUAGGUGAGGCCUAUAGUAAAGCAGGCCGCUAUGCUGCUGCGGUGAAGGCGCUUGCACGAGCAAAUGAGCUCAACCCAGAUGAUUGGUUAUGCACCUACCUCAUUGGAGAAGUGCAGAGGCAGACUGGUCGAUUUGGGGAGGCCUUGGACUCCUAUAAUUCAGUACUGCAAAAACGGCCCAACGAGGCUGGAGUCUUGAUGUCUCUUGCGCUAACUGAGUUGGCUCUCGCUCGACAAGAAUGGCUUGGCGGAUUCUUUUCCCGAGCAGAACGAACUUUCGCAUCAAGUAUCGCGACGUGUCUCUCAACAGUUCAGGCGAGUUCUGGAUACGGUGGCAUUGCAUGGAAAGUAAUAGGGGACGCACUCCUCGGGCUUUCGGAAGCAACGACAUUUGUCGAUCAAGAAGUUAUUCGGGAUAUACUUGUGAAGAUAACAUCGACGAUACAACAUGUUACUAGCAAGCGCAUUGCACACGUUUUCACUCUUAACCCCAUACGGGACGGGGUCCCACUAACUGGCUCGCACGCGCUUCAAGUUGCUGUUGCUAGCUACGAUUAUCGCAUCACUAUCGGAUCAACGGAUGAUGCUGUGAUGGGCAGCGCACUUUACGACCUUGGACAGACACUGCAUGCGUGGUCGAAGGAGAAAAUGGCCGGUCGUACGCCGGCGUUGGAAGUGGCUGCCUCACUACUGAAAGAAGCUUUAUGCCAAGACCCAGACAAUGCCACGUACUGGACAGCACUCGGUAUAACGUAUUUUCUUGACAAGCCGAAAAUUUCCCAACAUGCAUAUAUCAGAGCUUUGGAGCUGGAUCCAAAGAAUACAGUCGCUUGGAUUCAACUCGGACUGUUAUAUUUGUACUACAAUGACGUGGCCCUGGCGCACGAAGCGUUGUCUAAGGCACAUAUACUGGAUCCUGACUGUCCUCUUGCAUGGAUCGGCCUAGCGCUGGUGACGGUGACAAGCGGAGACGACGAUCAUGCUCAUGCGUUGCUAGAACACGCAGUCGGGUUAUCCCCUCUUGUGCCAGCAGCAACUGUAGAGUUUGCUGCUCGACUUUUCCGGCCAAUGUCCCGCCAAGUGAAAACCCGAGUUCUUACGAAGGAGGAAAUGCUGCUUGCCUUCGCUGCUCUGAACCUUUACGCGAAACAACGUCAAGACGACGCAAGAGCUUUGCAUCUCUUGGGAUUGGUAUGUGAGCGCCUCGGCGGACUAGAACAGGGCGCAGAGUGGAUUAGCCGCGCAAUAAUGCUCCUGGAAAUUGUGUAUGAGGACACGGAGGACCCCCUCAUAGAAAGGCAGUUCACCGUUGCGCAUACCAAUCUUGCCCGACUGAAGGUCGGUUUGCGUGAUUAUAGUGGAGCACUAGAGUCAUUCGAGACUGCGCUCGGAUUAUUGCCGGAACAAGUUGCCAUGGAUCGUGAAUGCGAACCUGAGAUUGGAGUACUGAAAGUACAGGUGUUGUUUGGGAGCGGAUUGGCGCAUUUCAAGCUUGGAGACCUCCAAAGUGCUAUGACGAGGUUUCAAGCUGCACUUGAUGCUACUGUAGACAACCAAGUUCUCCGAGGACACGCCACCGUCCUCCUUGCUCAGUGUAUGUGGACAAUCGGGACGGACGAGCUCAGGGAGUCAGCGAAGGCAUUGUUACUUGACAGCAUCACCGCAGAUCCGGAGAACUUGAUCUCAAUUAGCACCCUCACUGGGAUGGGCAUCCUCACUGAAGACGACAGCCUUGUGGAUGCGGCUUUAUCCGAGAUACAGUCCCUGCCUGUCGGGCGGCGUCAAGAGCUCGAUCCUCGCGGAGAUGUCACGUAUCUUCUCAUGCAACAUUAUCUCGGUCUAGCCGAUAUCGAGCAGGCUGUCCGGGUCGUUCAGAAAGCCCUAAGACUACGCCGGGACCUUGCGUCGCUCAUACUCAAGCAAGGUAACAGAGCAGCAACACAAGCCAUUCUCGCGGUCGACUCUGCGGUGCGUAGCUUGGAAGAAGCGAAGGACACCCUUGCAGUAGCGUGUAUCGCCGACAAUGGGAAAGAGGGACAUGCCUUGAGUCACGCACAGAAAGCAAUCAUGUUGGAUCCAGGGAAUGUACAGAACUGGAAGACGUUGGCAUACGUACGAGCAAGGAAUGCGGGUCUGUAGUAAGGAUGACGUACCUGUGCACUACUUUUAAUUAUCUU